GCGCAUCAUCAUGAGCGUGCCAAAAUACAUGUGUACUAUAGUAGCAGUUUUAUCUAUCUCUACACUUACAGAGAGGACCGGAAUCAAGGACCCAUGGUCCAAAAGACGUACUGGUAUAAAGUGUUCUAAGAACACCUUUGGUCGUCGAGGACACACGUACAUCAUUCAUCUACACUAGCUACUGACGAGACACAACAAAAAUAAAACACCAUAUGGAUUAGGAUAAUCACAAUGAUGGGUGUCUCGCAUAUAAUGUUUAUAACUGCAUUAUUGACUGGUGUUUACUCGCUAGAUGUUAACUGCAAGAAUAAAGAAUGCAUCGUACGUGUUGGAAACAACUACCCAGAGUUCCAGAGAUGGCUGUCACUUAACAUGUCCGCCACAAAUCUAACUGUGACGUGUACUGAAACUGGCGAGGGUGACCAUAACUACCUGUGGUUAUUACUACAACAUGUCAGUGGACUCAGGGUAUUACGGCUGAUGGAAUGCCUCGUGCCCAAACUAGAAGGUGACGAGGACGUAUGCGAAGUAAAAACGCUUACAGAUUUGAACUUGUCAGGCAAUAACGUAACUGCCAUUGAAGACUCCGCCUUUUGUGGCAUGAAAAACAUACGAAGUCUUGACCUUAGUUUUAAUGGGUUGAAUACCUUAACCCUCAGUACACUGAAUGGUCUAAGAAAUCACGGUUAUAGUCGACUGCAAAGACUUCACCUUGAAAACAAUUUGAUUGAAGAAGUCACUGAAGAUGCGCUGGCCGGGUUAGUCUUGCUUAAAGAACUAUAUUUGUCCAAGAACCACAUCAAAGUCCUUCCUAACCACAUGUUUGCUGAUUUAACCAAUCUGAGACAACUUGAAUUGAACGACAACGAGAUCCAAACAAUUGGACGGUACGCAUUUGCGGGACUACACGCACUUGUUCAACUAAGGCUUGAUGGUAACCGCAUCAUGACAUUUAACAGAGAAUUCUUACCGUUGAUCAGUCUAAGGUUUUUGUCUAUCGAUAACAAUAACAUUACUUCAUUGAGACCUUCCUCAUUCAUGGGACUACUUCACAUAUCUAAAAUUAAUCUAUCUUGGAAUAAAAUAAAACGUUUGCCCCCUGGCCUGUUUCAUAACAUGGAGCACCUCAGAGAACUCGACUUGAGUCAUAAUGUCAUAGAAGCGUUGUGGCCAGGGGCAUUCUCUCCUGACGAAAGGGGUUUUCUAGAAGAGCUUGAUAUCUCCAACAAUUAUGUGAAAUUUAUAACCGAGCAUGCCUUUCAAGGAUUAUCAAGAUUGCGUAGACUAAACCUUCGAAGCAAUGAGCUGAAAAGUUUGAGUGGCGCAGACAUUAAAGCGGUCAUAAACUCCGGUGGAAAGACUGUCACGUUUACAACUAAGAGCGCAUUUGAGGACCUUGUUAGUAUCAGUUACCUAGAUGUGUCCGAUAACAGAAUAACUGAGUUGAUGGAGUGGCAGUUAGCUGAGCUAGAAGCUCUGGAGAUUUUCAAUGUAUCUAGUAAUGGUAUAGAAAUUAUUGAUGAACAUACGUUUUAUGACAGCAGAAAUCUCAUCGGAUUGUAUCUUCAGAAAAACAAAUUAGAAGAAAUACAUGAUGAAACUUUCUCACAUACUGAAAGAUUGGAACAAUUGUUUCUAAGUCAUAAUAACUUAAAAGAGGCUGGGAAUUGGAUCUCAAAACUCCAGGAGGCUAUUAUUGUCGAUCUUUCAUACAAUAACAUUGAAACCGUGACAAUAUCUAAAUUGCCAAAAACUAUACAACAUCUCCAUUUACAGUUCAAUGAAAUUACAGAAUUACCAGAAUUUCUGAUCUCAGCUUUGGAAACGGUCAAACACAUAAAUCUCACCGGUAAUACAUUCAAGUGUUUUUGUGAAAGUUUCCGAAUUUACAAACAAGUGAUGACUGCGACAGAUGACCUUCAAACUGCUGAUAUCUCAGGACUUAAUAUGGAAUGUUCCACUCCCGACACGUGGCGUGGUAAAAUGGAGGAAAUACCAAAAUGUAUAGAUAGGUCAUGCCAAGCAUUGUGCACAUGUCUCAGACAUAUCAAAGAAGACAAUAUCCAGGGCAGCGUUGAAAUGGAAUGUUACAAAAGUAAUCUUAGAACUAUGCCCCAACAUGUCCUUAACAAUACUAUAACAAUGAGACUCUUGGGCAAUGCUAUUGAUGCGAUCGAUGCCUAUUCAAUGAACCGCGAAACCCUGGCAUCACUGCGAGAGCUCGUUAUAGAACAACAACAUCCUGUUGGACUCGACACCCAAUUUGUGUCAGCACUUACCAACAUUAAAGUAAUGGAUAUAAGAGUAUCUCAACUUCACAUUACAUAUAAUGGCUCUGCCGACAUUGAAUCGGUUCCCAACUAUGACUUUAUUGCAAGAGCAUUAGUUGGAACUAAAUGUUUGCCAAUCGAGGGAAAAGACAAAAUCACGAUGGUUUUGAAUGAGGAGCACGCUACAACAUCUGCAUUGUUUGAACAUGCAGAGUGUUACAUAAUGGACUAUUGUCCAACGAAAUGCAGAUGUUUGCAGGACACUACUGACGGACUGUUGUUUCGCAGAAACGUUACUGUCGAUUGUAGAAACCAAGGGCUAACAGAGUUCCCUGUUUUACCCAUUAAUACAACCUUCUUUGAUGCCAGACACAAUAAUAUUAAGCGUUUAUCGGUGGAGAAUAUACAAAAUGACAAUAUCAUUUCCAAGCUACUUUUAUCUGAUAACCAGAUUGAAAACAUCGAAUUGGAAAAAAUAGUGAGCGUUGCGAAUACCUUGAAUGUUCUUGAUUUAUCAAACAACAAGAUCGCCCUACUAAAUAAAAGUGUUGUAGAAUUGGAUGUAUCACGAUUCAAAAUGAUAUCUCUAAAAGGAAAUCAAUUUCUUUGUCCGUGUUCGGGUGGAACGUGGAUGAAAAAAUGGUUUCUCAAAAACAAGCGACUAUUUCCUUCCGUAUCAAAGAUAUCGUGCAGCUACAGAAAUAAACAUUUCCCCAUCAUCCUUGCUCCAUUUGAAAAGUUUGCUUGUUAUAAGAUAGUGUCACAUUCCACUCGUGGUUCUAAAAUAGGAACAGUUUAUACACCUGCUACUGUUCAAAAUGCGAAGGACGGUUUACCAAGUAAAGCAACAUCGGAAGACGUUGAAGACGUGAAUAUGUUACAUAAUCGAGAGAUACAAACUGGCAUAGCAAUGGCUGUUAUACUUAUGAUAGGACUUGUGCUUGUAAUAUUAUGUGUCAAAUUCCGCAGUGAUCUUGAGGCGGUUGUGUUCUAUAACACAGGGAUGCGCUUCAGAACAGAUGAUCCUGUAAGUGACAGAAAGUUCGAUGGGUUUGUGUAUUACACCGCCAAGGACGAGAAUUGGGUGAUUAAUGACGUCAUUCCCCAGCUAGAGAAUCCUCGUCCCAAUACCUCCGAAAGGGGAAUAUUUAAGCGCAAUACGGAAUAUUCUCUUGCCAAAAAAUAUAAGAUGUGUGUUCAUAACAGAGAUGUUAUCGUGAGUGAUUAUAACACAGACAUUAAGGUAAGAAGCCUAGUAGAGGCAAGUCAGAGGACAAUUCUUGUUAUUUCAAAUCAUUUUAUAAAAAAUGAGUGGUGCUGUGAGGAGUUCAAAGAAGCCUUCAAAAAUGUAUUGGGAGACACUUCAAACUCAGCAAUCCUCAUAUUACGUAAUGAUAUAUCAAUGAGGAAUUUUGACGAGGAUAUGAAGCUUCUUCUGAAAGGUAACGUCGUGCUUAGGGAGCACAGCAAAUGGUUUUGGCAAAAGCUGCUAUUGGCAAUGCCAGGACCAGAAAAGUCGGUUUUAAAGCAAGUACAAGAGAGGCGCAGUAUGCGCAUGCAGAUACGUCAGAGUCAGCGUCACAUGAGACGCCAACAGCAACAAGGGGAGCAACACCAGCUCCAGCAACGACCAGAAACCCCUCAUUCACCUCGCGUGGAGGCUGCAUCCACCAAAUCUCCGGCGACCUCAGAGUCAACUGACACAAGAAAAAGUGCAAGAAAAUUUAAAAAGAAAGAUGAAGAGACAAAUUGCUGAAAUUAUGAAACUGACUGUAAAUUAUGUAUUUUUGUGUAUAUAUAUGAAUGUCUUGUAUAAGUUAUGCUUAUUUAAAUCUUUUAAAGAUAAUAAUUUAUGUUAUUUAAAUAUAGAAUCAGAUUUAAAAAUCCGAUUCUUGAAAUAUUGCCUCGUCUUAAUCGUUUCCUGCCUACUUGCUUUGUUAUGAAAACCAGUGAAGGGUCCAGGGCAUAUUGCCUGUAGGUCCCCCUCCCCUUCUUUCUAAUAGGUAGUCAUUCGUGAAUCAUUGAUUCGUGCAUAUAUACAUGUACAUACAUUUCUUCGCAUGUGCCAUUCAACACCUGUUCCAUAUGUUACAUCACUGUACCAUAUGUCUUUGACAAAAGCUAAAUAAAAGAGAAAUAUUAAUUUAUAGAAUAUGAAAAUAUAAUGAAGUCAUUAUUAAUUGUUAAUUGGAGUGUGCUAUCAAAACACAUGUCACACAUAUG